AUGUCACAGCCAUGGGACUAUAUUGCUAAGCUUGUCUGCAUUGGUGACUCUGGCACUGGCAAGUCCAGUCUCACCAUCCGACUUUGUGAAGGCCGCUUUUCUCCGUCGCAUGAUGUCACUAUUGGGGUCGAGUUCGGAUCGCGGAUCGUGCCAGUUGGUCCCCCGGCCUCGCUAGAGCUAGAGCUUGAUGGGCUUUCUCCUGGGUCGCCUCCGGCAGGCGAUACACCAAAUGCGCCAACCACCUCCGGCCUCCCUACUCCGCCACGAAAGCCACAGGACCCUCUCAAUCAGAAACGCAUGAAACUUUCCCUGUGGGACACCGCUGGACAGGAGACAUACAAGUCCAUCACACGCUCCUAUUUCCGAGGUGCUUCCGGCGCGCUUCUAGUGUUUGACAUCUCCAGACGAUCAACUUUCAUUUCCUGCACCCAGUGGCUUCAAGAUCUACGGCAAAUUGCUGAAGAUGGCAUCGUGGUGAUCCUGGUGGGUAACAAGACUGAUCUGACUGGAGCAGAUUCAGGGUCAAAUCAAAGGCAGGUUCCCCAGCAGGAGGCUGAAGAGUGGUGCCGUAUGAACAAUGUGGUUCGCUAUAUCGAAACGAGUGCCAAAUCUGGGGAUGGUGUUGAGCGCGCGUUUCUGGAAGUUGCUGAGAGAAUCUAUCGCAACAUUGAAGCCGGGAAAUAUGACCUUAAUGACCGGCGAAGUGGGGUGAAAGGAUUCGGCGCCUCGGGGGGAGCAAACGCAGGGGUGCCUAGGACCGUAACUUUGGGGGUGGACGACGCCAUGCGCAAAGGCGGCAAUGGUUGGACUGGGGGAUGCUGCUAA